UGUUAGAGAAACGUAAACAAUGUUUUGCUCUGAAUGUUCUUCGAAUGGCAUAGACAAAAUUUAGUUUGAAAAAAGCGAUUGGUGAAAUUAAUUAAUACAAUGGAGGCAUCUUUUGAAGUUCUAUUUUGGUUGCAGAUAGAAAAACUCGUGGGCCCAGUUCCCGAAAACCUGAAACUAUUGCUCCAGUUUUCUUGCUUCUGCAAUAUCUCGAUAGCUGAUUUGGACGAUGAACUGAUUAACCAAAUCGAACAGGAAGCACGAACUAUUCCGGCUGUCCUCAGAAUUGCCAGUAACGAAAGGUUGAUGAAAAAGUAUUUCGGCGUUUAUUUCCUGUUUCCCAAUGAAUUUCGGUUCCGCUCCGGCGAAAGAAUGCUUAUGAAGAACAUCGCCAUGGCUGUGCGGAAAAAAGGUUUGGACAGCUUUAUUCAAUCAUUGAGACCAAUUCCCCAAGAAUCGAGACCAGUUAUGAUCAGCAUGCCAGUGCAAAAUACAGACCCACAAACGCUACGGCAAAUUUUGAAAGAUAAAAUACUCAAUGCCCUCAACAACAGCCAGCCCGAAAUAAUUCCUGAAUAUUUGAAAAUCAUUCAAGAACACUUGGACGUUCAGAUAGUGACCGAACAGGGAAUACCGGAUGCCUUCGUUAUUUGCCCGCUCUGUAAUGCAAAAUCCAAGCUAUCCAAAGACCGCCCGGGGCAUAUAAUCGUGUCCAAUUAUACUCUACAUGUUCGCAAGUACCACAGUUAUGGACCCGUGAGCCAAGGACAAGGGGCGAAACGAAAGAUAGAAGAGUUUGGUUCCGGUGCAGAAUUUAUGCCUGAGCACAUGAUGGAUUCAAUAGUCAAAGAAGAACCGGAUACGAGUGUAUACGAACACAACAGUGGUGGCGCUCCUUUUUAUCAAAUUGAUUUAGGUUAGAUUAAUGAAUUUUAUAAUUUUUUGAUGUAAAAUGUGAUAAAAAUCUCUCGAAAACUUUCCAUUUUUAAAAGUUAAAAUAAAAAUCGGUAAACACGAAAAUAAUCAACACUUC